UAGUUGCGGUAGGUUUCACUUGAGUGGGGAACUAACGUCGUGCGUGGAAGCGACAAAAAUGUUCUGCUAACUGUUUUCUAGACAGGUUAUCUGGUGGAAUUUUUAGGAUUAGUAGCUCUGACAAACUAGUGUAUUUAAUAGUGCACAAAUCUGUUUAGAAUAAGUGGGCUUAAAAAAUAAAUAGUAGAGUAUGGCUAAGGCAAAACAAGAAAAAAGGACUCAUUCAUCAGGUGUUACAAACUAUUUGAUAGGCUAUAAUGGUAUACAAACUGUAGGUUGGAGCUACCUUCUGUACCUGAUCAUCCUUUAUUACAUUUACCCGACUUCCGUCUCGUUAUACGAGACAGUUAAGUGGACGGUGAUAAUCUUCCAGAAUGCUGCCGUCCUCGAAGUGGUCCACGCACAAAUGGGCAUCGUGCCCUCGAAUCCGGCCGUUACGGCGUUCCAGGUGGCGUCCAGGGUGAUGGUGGUGUGCGGGGUGCUGAUGGCCACUCAAGCGGCCAGAGACACCAUCGGCUUGCCGCUGGCUCUGAUCGCCUGGUCAAUCACCGAAGUCAUCAGAUACGGAAAUUACACGUUGUCGUUGAUGAACUGUGUGCCAUACAUUGUCAAGUGGUUAAGAUAUACAACAUUUUAUCCAUUAUACCCAAUUGGAGUCACUGGCGAACUGCUUUGUAUAUUCGCUGCAUCACAGGAAGUAGGCGACAAUCAGAUGUGGUCGUUCAAGUUGCCAAACCAAAUUAACAUGAUAUUUAAUUAUCAAUACUUCUUAUGGUUUACAAUGUUCUUGUAUAUUCCAUUAUUCCCACAAAUGUAUAUGCACAUGAUCAACCAAAGGAAAAAAGUUUUAGGAAGAGUGACAAGUAAAAAGGAAAAUUAAAGUAUUUUCACAAAGAUUCUCACACAAGUCUAAUAAUUGCAUCUCACAUGUUAUGUGACUAGCACAUUAUAAUAGAAGUCAGUUUUAUAAAUUGUUAUAUUUAUUGUAUUGUUUUGGUAUUGGUAUUUUUUACAUAAGGCAAUAAAUGUUUAAUUAUAUAAACUGAA